GAUAAUGCUAAAAAUAACAUCCGAACUGUUGGUAAAUCGAAACUGUUAUUACAAAUUGUAUCGAGCGAUGACUCGAAAAAGUUUGUUGUUCUGUUCUACAAAGCCAUACUGCACAAUGAAGAUAUUGCUUUUAUUAUCAUUCUCCAUGGCAGCCAUUUCUUUAACUCGAAGUUCAAAUUCGAGCGAGGCUCAUGACAUCACAACCCUGCUAAAUAAUACCAUCGCAAAAACAUUCGAAAAUAUGCAUAAAGUUACGGUCAUCAAGUUGGUUCUCAGCAUGGAGAAUUUAGAAUGGUUCAACUUUGAAACAUAUACAGACUGCGAAUUAGGACCUUUUAAGAAUGAGUUCUACUUUAUUGAUGUCACUGUAACCCCAGUCAAAGUAGGAUCUGCCCGCUUAAGGCAAGAAUUUUAUCGCAAUAGAAUGACCAUAUUCUUCUCCUACCUAUCAAUUGAAAUGGAAGGAUUCUUGGGAGCAACUCCAGAUUGUAAAGGUCACGUGGCCGCUGGUUUCAAACGAACUCUGGAUUUUGAAAACAUCACCAUCUACGUAAUAGCGCAACCAAUGCAAAAUAUCUCAAAGCAUGAAUUCUAUCCUCACAUUGAUUUCAUUCACUACGAUGGUUACGAAUCCAAUUACACACAUUCGCCUUAUUUCCGCGAAGACUUGACACAAGAUGCUCAAUAUGAUCUCGAAAGACGAAUCAAACAUUUCUUACCAUCGUUACUCCUGUUAAAUUUACGAAACAACGAGAACUUUAUGAAAACACUCCAUGCAGCGUUUUGUCGUCAUCCUGAACCAGAGAUCACGUCGCAUUAUCCCUCUUCAGAUAUUUUCAAAAUGAAAAAUUACUUCUUUAUACCAAAUUUCACUUCACUAGGUCGUAUCUUGAGCAAUAUCACCAUCACAGGAAUGCAUAAUUUUCGUAGUCACUCGUUUGCUGAAAAUUCCAGCCACACUGUCAGCACUCUGACGAUUAAAGAUAUUCAAGGAACCACUAAUUUACAUUAUGAUCUUCGAAAUGUUACAAUUUUUUCAUUAUACUUUGAAGUAGAUUGCAUCUCGAUAACAAUUAAUCGAAAACAGCAAAGUAUCAAUGUGACUGCGCACAGUUACACAGUUAUUGACACUAAAAUGAACGUCUCAUUGACGGAAUAUCAAUCCAAGUGGGUAAUGGAAGGAAUUCAAUUGGCGAUUGCGUCUUCGAUAAUGCCAUCGAUGAAAUAUUACAGAAACAGCACUCAAUCCACCGAUUCGCUCGAAGAACACCCAAUUGUGAAAAUGAUCACCAAAUUAUCUCAGCAAUUCGAAGGUCGCACCUUACAAAAACUGUACGAUACUUGGAAUAUAACGAUACCCAAAAGCCUCAAGGCAAAAUCAAGUCUCCAAAUAGAAUCACACAAUUACAAUAUUUCAAUUGACGCUAAACCCGAAACAGCAUUGAGCCCUUAUCCAUUGUUAUCUCAUUGUAAUCUCUACUGCAAUUUGGAAUUCGUUUUUGAAUUUCCUACUUGGUUCGGGAAAAUUAGCGUGCUCAAUACCACUCACAAAUUCGACGAAAUUAAUUUUGAAAUUUUCAGUGAUUACUCUAGAGUAGGCAAAUCGAAUAAUUCGAAUGAUUUCAAAUUGGAAUACUAUUCAUCCUUUCACGUAAAACUGCUCUCAAAUCCGAACAAUUUCACAGAUCACGAGCAGUUGAAGAUAGAACAAAAAACACAACAAUUGAUGUUCUCGUUGAUUAAGAAAACAGUUAUCCAUUUCGCAAAACCACUGCUUUCAUUACAAUAGGACCAUUAUACCAAACCAGUGAAAAUUUUCGACGACUUCCUGCCUUUCUACGCCGAUCACGAAUUAUCCUUCCGUGUACCCGAUGCCAUAAUUGCGAAGCACUUCAUGAUACCGAAAAUAAACGAAGUGAUAAUCACAGAGUGGGCGAAAUCACCUACUGGCCUUGUCUCCAUUGACCAAUACUUGUACCUUGUCAAUGGAAGCAUUACGACGUACGUUAAUUUAGAAUUGGCAGGCGCUGAAAUCCGAAUGAAUUUUGACGAUAGCUUGGUGCCAUUUGAUGAACUGCGUUUGACAUUGGAUGAAUUAUCCGUACGAAAAUAUACAAAUAGUGGAGAGGUUACAGUGCGUUUAGACUCGAGUUACGAUUCUCAGAACAAUAAAACGAUCUCCUUUUCUACUUCGAAAUUCGCCUCUAUUGAGAUGGAAUUAGAAAGUAUACUCGGCGAAUGUUUCACUUAUCUUACCAGUAUCGUUUUUUAACAUUAUUUUUAUUACCAAUUUACACCCAUCUAUCACUAAUUA